AUGAUCACCGAUGAGGAAAUUGUGAAAGUGCGCAACCUGCGGCCUUCGCCCAUCCUUCAAAACAUCGACAGUGGUGAAACGUUCGGACUUGUAUGCGCGGAGUAUGUAACGACAUACCAUAACAUAACAGGCACAAUCAAGGAUGAACUCAAAGACAAGUUGCUCGAUCUAUCCCUGCAUUCCGAAGCUGAUGCAGACAGAAUACUGCGCGAAGUCAACAUUGAUCCAAUUUUGCAUUCGCAGUCACCAAAAAUUGACUCACUGAACAGUGCGGCAAUACAACCUUCCAUUGAUCCCUCUCUUCUCGAGACCCCUCAAGCUUCUGCUCUUUCGAAUGUCGCACAGCCAUCAAUUGCGUCCACAUCAGCCUUAUUGUCUCCUGUCAGACAGACUUUUAGGCCACCGACUGCACUCGAUCUGGACAAGGAUGGUAUGGGCUAG